CUGAGGUGCCCGGCGCAUCGCAGGUAAACGGUUUGCUUGGGCUCUGCGGGAGCCUGAAGGAGGUGCAGGCGGACACAAGUUCUCCUGGGAACACCCAACCGCAGUCAUUUUGGAGAAAGACGAGAGAGACCUCGUAGAGUCUGCACGCAGUGAAGUUAAUCCAAAGGUAAAUGAGGAACUUGGAAAAAGAUUGCCAGCUCCAAAUCACCAUAUUUAGAGAGAAUUGGAGAAGACGAAGCUUACUACAGCUUUAUUUGAGGACUUUUUAACGAACACAAGGUUCUAGCUCUGAGCUUCAAAUCUUGGAGCAAAACCCAGAGACGUUGCCAGAUCAAACAAGAACAGAAGUACAAAUGGAGAACUGGUCAAAAGUCAUAGCCCCUACUCAUUUUGAACUAGAGACCAAUGGGCAAAAUAAAAGUACACAGCCAAAUGAUCACCUGACAACGGAAUCUGUGGAAAGCAUGCUUCAGAAAUUCACGGAAUCAGUUCAUGAGGCCGCAUAUGAAGACCCGAACUUGCCAGUACAGGCAGCAAGAGAGUUUCAGGCCACCAGUCCUCAUUCAGAUGAUGAGACAAUGUAUUGUGCUACUGAAAAGCCCACCAUUAAGGAACAUAGAGAUGAUGAUUUGAAUUGUGAAUCUAUGAUUCCUUGUAAAAUUACUUCAGACUUAAAUAAAGAGAAAACAAUCACAUUUCUUCUUAAAGAACUGGAUGUUCUCAGAGCAAGCAAUGAAGAGCUUCAAGAAAAACUGACUAAAGAAGAUAAGCAACAGAGAAAACUAAAGCUUAAGCUGGAACUUCAAGAGAAAGCUGCAGAAGCUGAAAUUGCUGAAAAGACGGCAGCUCUGGUUGAAGAAGUAUACUUUGCACAGAAGUUACGUGAUGAAGCAAUCAUGUCGAGACUGCAAUUAGCCAAUGAAGAGAGAGAUGAAGCAAUUGCCCGAGCCAAGCAUAUGGAAAUGUCUCUGAAAUUGCUAGAAAAUAUUAACCCUGAAGAAAAUGACAUGACAUUACAGGAAUUACUGAACAGAAUAAACAAUGCCGACACAGGGAUAGCUAUUCAGAAGAAUGGAGCUGUAAUUGUGGAUAGAAUCUGCAAGACCAAGGAGUGUGAAAAGAGAAUAACUGUAGAAGAGAUGAACGCCGUGAUAGAAGAACGGGACGCUGCUUUGUCUCAGUGCAAACGGCUGGAGCAGGAGCUUCAUCAUCUGAAGGAGCAGAACCAGGCUUCGGCAACCAACAUGAGGCAUCCGACUGCGGGAAACAAUCAGGAACGUGCUCUGAAGGCAAAGUUAUUAUCUAUGCAACAAGCCAAAGAAAUUGCAGUUCAACAAUACAAAAAACUGGAAGAAGAAAUUCAGACACUUCGAGUUUAUUACAGUUUGCACAAAUCUUUAUCCCAAGAAGAAAAUCUGAAGGAUCAGUUUAACCAUACUCUCAGCACGUAUGAAGAAGCUUUGAGAAACCGAGAGGACAUUGUGUCUAUCACUCAGCAACAAAAUGAAGCACUGGCUACUCAACUGCAAGAGGCUGCGGCCCAACAAGCAACCCUAGAGUUGCAGCUUCAGCAGGCCGUGGAGGCCACCCGAAGGGCCACUGACAAAGUUCAGACACUGGAAAGGCUGGUGGACGUCCUGAGGAAGAAAGUUGGAACAGGGACCAUCAGGACGGUGAUCUGACUGAAACCCCGCCAGUCUGGGGAGGCAGUCACAUCUGGUGACCAGGCUGCUUCAUUCAGCACUGUGUCAACACGACAGCCUUAACUUAGCAAACAGCUGUUCGAAGUGGGCCACUCCAACCACAUUCCAAGCUGAGAUAAAAUCAAAUCACCAAUGUUUAACCACUUUGCUGCUGACUUGGGUUAUUUAUCCAAAUGUAUUAACUGCAGACUUUUAAAAAACCAGUGGGGAACUAUAAGGUUGCAGCUUAUUUUGUAGCUGUCUUAUAUCUCAGUCUAUUUUUAUAUUAAUCUUUUUACUGAGAUAUGAUUACAAGAACAUGGUAAAGUUGUUCAUGAUCAUAUCUUUGCAAAUGACCCUUGUGGAAUCAAAAUGAAGCACAGUAAAUUUUGUUUAAACCCUACUCUACUCUGUGAGUCAGAAUUUCAAAUAUAAGCAUAUUUUAAGAUAGAAUGUAUAUCUUAGCAAAGGAGAGAAGGUUCAGCUAUAAGAAUUGUAACUUUUAUUCAAUGCUUAUGUAUAAUUUUUGCUGAUAUUAAAGAAUAUUAAGUACAGAUGCUAGAAAUUAAAUGUAUAAUUUACUUUAGUAAGAGUAAAGUAUGUUGCAAUAUUCUUCAUAAUAUUUUGUUUCACUGUAAGUAAAAUGCUAACAACGUUCAAUGAUGAAAAAAGACUGCCAACAUGUAUUCAUAUUCAGAAUCUUUUUAUUGUUGGGAAAAUUAUCUGAAGCUUAAAAAAACCUAUCAAAAUUACCAAGUCUCAGUCCAGUAGACCAGGUCACAUUCUGCUUGAAAAUCAGCAUGUGGUAGCGUGCUCCUAUUCCAAAAGAUUAGAGGCCACCAAACUAAGUAAGUUUUCUUUUUGAUUGUCAUGACUUAGAUUAUUAUUGGAUCUCUGGAAGAGAGGGCUCCCAUACAUAAUAAAAUCAGAAUGUGAAGUGUUAGUUUAAAAAGAAUAAAGAAACCCUGCAUCUUGGUCCUGGUUACCUACAUUCUCUUUUUGUAUUUUUGCGUUUUCUUUUAUUGAAAAGAUUGUUUAAAAUAGUGCAUACAAGUCACUUUUAAUCAUGUGAAGUUAUGAAUAAAAUAGAUUUUAUGUAUUUGGCUAUAGGCGGUGAAAACAUCAUUUUGUAAAGAUUAAGUAGAUGAGAGGUCAAUAGGAAAUGACCAUGCCUGGAACUGGAUGAGCUAGGUCGGUUGAGAUUGAAUCAGUAAACAUGUCAUAAUGCAAUACAAAUUUUUCUGAUCCCUUAAAGAGUAUAAGUUCAUCUUGAAGAUUGACCUAAAUUAUCUACAAUUGCCUGUUUUCAAGAGUGGAAUAGAAUAAUUUACUAAAACUAAUCCAUCAUAUGCCAUUGGAGAUUAUUCCCUUGAAUUUACCUCUGCAGAAAAGUGCUUCCUCAUAGAUUAAAUUCUAUCCUAAUAUGCAUCCUCAUAGAUUAAAAUAGAAUCAGAAUGACAAAUGUUACUUUUCUUGUUAAAUCUAUAACCAUUAACUUAACUAGCAUUCGGAAUCAUCCGGUUGAGUUUGAAUUUAGAAUUUACUCACAUUGUCAUGUUCUAAAAUUAUUUUUUUAAACUAUGAGAAUUAGAAAAAUAUAGAUAGAAGACUUGUAUAGUUACAAAAGUAUGCAUAAUUUUACAUUGGGCUCUCUAUGGAAACAUAAAACAGACCCUUACUGAAGUCACCCAGGAUGUGCAGGAAACUAGAAAACUCACUCUUUUCAGAAAACACAAAAUAGUAGUACAUUCCUGAUCCUUCUCCCCAAAUUCACAAGUAAACUUCCAUUUUCAGUUCAGCGCUGGAGGACAUAAGGCUCUCUCCUGAGUCACUUUGCUCGGGUUUUGGAAAGCACAAAGUAAAGUAUAAAAACAUCUCAGAAUGUUCAGGCAUCUUUUUAUAUACUUAAAUGAUCAGAUUGAGAGGAAUUGAUCCUUAUUAUCAAUUUCCACAAUGAUUUUUAGAGAGUGUGAUAUUAUAAAGCUAAAUGCACAAAAUAGCUGUGAUAUUGAUUGUCACUCAGUGUAAGUAGCUCAGAAACCAGACUCCCAGCCCUCAAGUGGAUGACUGCUCAUCGCGAUCCUGUAAGACAAG